UAAAUAAAGGCCUUAGCUUUGAAGAUUUGACUUUGACCAAAAACAGAGAAAAGAGAAACAGAGUAAGCAAAAUAAAAAGAAAGAGAGAAGAAGAAAAGUCUUACUUUCCUCUCUCCUUCCUCUUGAAGAAAACAUUUUCAAGAUAUAUAUAAGCAACCCAUUACUUCUCUCUUCUCUACUUGCGAAGCUCACACCUUCAAUUUUUGUUUGAGCCAUUUUACACACAAAGUUUAGACCUUCACAAACUUCAUUAAGUCCUCGUUUCUCUUUUUAUUACACAAAAUACUACUCAAAUAGGAUUGGUCUAUGUGCAGUGGUUCCAAGAGUAAACUUCUCCCUUCAAAUCUUACCAUGGAAGGUAAAUCUCAGGGCCAGAAGGACAGUAUCUUGUGUAAAGGCUCUGCUUUACUUGAAUUAUCUGCAUCUGAUGACUUUGUUGGCUUCAAAACUGAGGUUGAAGUGAAGGGUUUAGAUGUUGAUGAGGCAAGCUGUUGGUAUGGUAGAAGAAUUGGCUCUAAAAAGAUGGGCUUUGAAGAGAGAACACCACUUAUGAUUGCAGCCAUGUUUGGGAGCUGUAAUGUUUUGAAGUAUAUAAUUGAAACUGGCAAAGUUGAUGUUAAUAGGGUUUGUGGCUCUGAUAAGGUUACUGCUCUUCACUGUGCUGUUGCUGGUGGUUCCAAUUCUUUGGUUGAAAUUGUCAAGCUCUUGCUUGAUGCAUCUGCUGAUUAUGACCAUGUUGAUGCUAAUGGAAACAAACCCGGUGAUCUCUUUGCCCCUUAUAUGAAGACAUCCUGCAGUUCAAGAAAGAAGUUGGUAGAAUCAUUGCUAAAAGGUGAAAGCUUGAGUGAAGAUGAAGAAGAAAAGCUGAUCUUGAUGUCUCAGCCGGCUAAAGAUGGAGCUGAGAAGAAAGAAUAUCCAAUUGAUGUGUCACUGCCUGAUAUUAACAAUGGGAUUUAUGGUACAGAUGAGUUUAGAAUGUACUGUUUUAAGGUUAAGCCUUGCUCAAGGGCAUACUCUCAUGAUUGGACCGAGUGUCCAUUUGUCCAUCCAGGAGAGAAUGCAAGGAGAAGAGACCCAAAGAAGUUCCCUUACAGCUGUGUCCCUUGCCCCGAGUUCCGCAAAGGAACUUGCCAGAAGGGUGAUGCUUGUGAGUAUGCACAUGGUGUUUUUGAGUCAUGGUUGCAUCCUGCUCAAUACCGAACCCGGCUUUGCAAGGAUGAGACUGGUUGUGCAAGGAAAGUCUGUUUCUUUGCUCAUAAGCCCGAGGAGCUGCGUCCUGUGUAUGCCUCCACAGGUUCAGCAAUGCCUUCACCUAAGUCUUUGUCAGUUAGUUCAGUAGACAUGGCAACAUUGAGUCCUUUGGCUCUUGGAUCAUCAUCUUUGGCACUGCCUUCUGUCUCAACGCCACCCAUGUCUCCCUUGGCAACAGCCUCUUCAUCACCCAAGAGUGGAGGCUUAUGGCAGAACAAAAUCAACCUUACUCCACCUGCUUUGCAACUCCCAGGGAGUAGGUUAAAGACAGCUUUAUGUGCUAGAGAUUUGGAGUUAGAAAGGGAAUUGCUUGCACUAGACAAUCAUUCUAACCAACUUCAACAACAGCAAUUUAUGGAUGAGAUGUCUGGUCUCUCAUCUCCAUCUUGUUGGAGUAAGGACUUCAACAGGGUCGGAGAUUUAAAGCCUACUAACCUUGAUGAUGUUUUUGGAUCUCUUGAUCCUUCUCUAUUAGCUCCAUUACAGGGUUUGUCAUUUAAAUCUUCAACACCAACCCAAUUGCAGUCGCCAACUGGACUUGAGAUUCGCCAAAAUAUGAACCAAUUUCGUUCAAGCUACCCAACAAAUCUCUCAUCUUCUCCAGUAAGGAAACCUGCUGCAUAUGGUUUUGAUUCAUCAGCUGCAGUGGCUGCAGCUAUGAUGAAUUCAAGGUCUUCUGCUUUUGCUAAACGGAGCCAUAGUUUCAUUGACCGUGGCGCAGCAACCAAUCGGCUUGGCAUCACUGCAGCUGCAAAUUCAGUAUCCAUGAUGUCUGCCAAUCUUUCGGAUUGGAGCUCGCCUGAUGGUAAACUGGAUUGGGGAGUUCAAGGAGAUGAGCUGAACAAGCUCAAGAAGUCUGCCUCAUUUGGUUUUCGCAGCAGCAACAAUCCCACAAUGAGAACAAACUUUGCUCUUCCCAAUGUUGAUGAGCCUGAUGUGUCUUGGGUUAAUACCUUAGUUAAAGAUGUUCCCCCUGUUGGAAGUUCAUUAUUUGGUGCAGAGAGACAGUACAGCAUUGGUAAAGGAGUACGUGAAUCACUUCCGCCAUGGAUGGAGCAAAUGUAUAUAGAACAGGAGCAGAUGGUGGCAUGAGCAGAUGGUGGCAUAAGCAGACAUCUCAUUGCUCCAAGGUUGUCCUGACAAAAUCGAUACUCUUCGAUUUCUUAUUAUUAUCUGAUAAUUGUAUUUAAGUUUAGGAAAAGAUUAAAAGUUCAUAGUGAAGUUCAAAUGAAUCAAGAACAAAAAGAAAACACUUUGGGCAGAAAGUCUCUGCUCAAAAUGAUUAGUAGGUCUAAGUGAGGAAUUAGGACAAGACAUUAAGAGAACAAGAACAAGAAAAGGAGAAAAUUUUUUAAUUAUUUAUAUUCUUAUAUCUUUUAUCUCCUUAACUAGGGAGAUUGUACUCUGUAUUUUUUAUGCAAUAUGGAGAGACUAUUAUCAGUUUUUUUUUUUUUUCUAAUUAAAAUUCUGCAAUUUCAGCAA